CCCCCCGCUGGGUGACGACACCGCGGGAGGAAACAACGAAACCAAACAGAUCCAGAGUCGGUGCGGGUCCUCAGUCCGGCUGAAAGUUCUGGAGACGAGCAGGGUCAGAGCAGACCAGAGUCCGGAGGAUCAGACUGGAUCUACAACCAGACCGACACACGGAGAUUAUUUCACUUUAAACUCGCACGAGAGGACUCGGUUUGACUCGGCUUUGUUCGCUUCAGCUCCGGAUAUAAAUACGCAAGUUUAGUUUUUAAUUCUUUUAAUUAAACGGUUUCGGUUUGUUUUUGUGCUGAUUUUCAGCAUUUCAUGUAAUUCAGACUGAAGAAGAAGCUCAACAACAGCUGACUGACGACAGGUUGCGCAACCGAGACAAUAAGGACACAAAGACGUCAUCACCGGACAGUCUGCUCCAGUUCUCCCAGUAUCACCGCUGCUGGUUCCAGUCGGAGCUCAAAACUUCACAAGAAAACCUUUUUUAUUUUUUAUUUUUAUGCCUUCAGCAACUUCUGCUCCACACCAGACAGACAGACCGACCAUCAGCUCCACACUGACUCUACUGGGUUUCUACUGGAUCUACUGGUUUCCUGUUGACCUGCAGUCCGGACCAGUCUGACUGAAGAGCACAAGGCUCAACUUUAAGCAUCAAGCUCAUUCUGGACCAUAAAAACAGUAGUUUGACAUUACAAUCCCUGACUCAAGGUCAACUUACUAGCUUUUACUAGCUUUCAGGGGUACCACAUAGUUUUCAUUAGUGGAUGGAGUUUGCCCAGUUGUCAUGGAGAUGGGUUUGCUAGGAUGUGAGCUCAGAAGCUCUACUGGUUUAAACUUUUAGGACUUCCUGUCCUAAAAUGGCUUCAAAAGAAUUUGAUCUGAUUUGAUGAACACUGUGUUUAUACAGCUGAAAGUUCUGGAAAAAGCUAGCAAGUGGACCUUUAGUUGGGAUUGUUUUGUCAAACUACUUCCGAGGCCAAGAAUAAACGUUUAAAGUCAGUACAGACGACUGACUCCAUGGCAGCUGAGCAAACUCCAUCCGCUGAUGAAGACAGUUGGAAAGCCUGGGAAAACAGCUAAUGAGCAUGGGCGUGACCGCAGCCAGAUCUCAGCUGUGCCUGAAGAGGCUAUUGGACGAGCCCCAGGGCAAUUUACCGAAAUGUAAACUAGCCCGCUUGGCUCUGCACCCUCCGGCCACCGGCCUAUCACCUUGCCUCAGGCCCAGAAGCCCUGCCCCCAAGACCAACCAGAGCCAAUCCCCAUCCAGAGUCGGACCAUACUUCCUGUUUGAACGCUGCGAGGGGGAGGAGACUUACAGGGCCGAGCACGCACACACAAAGCAGCAAUACACCUGCCAGGUGCUUCCCCUGCGUGGUUACCAGGAGCGGCUGGCUGCCUACACCCGGAUUGGUCACCAUGACAACAUCUGCAGACUGCUGGAUGUGGUGAUUGGCCAGGACAGCGCGUACGUUUUCCUGCCCGGUCACCAUGGCGACAUGCACGCGUACGUGCGAAGCAGGAAGCGUCUAGGCGAGGAGGAGGCGGGGCAUCUGUUCACUCAGAUGCUGAAUGCCGUGACGCACUGUCAUCGCCACGGAGUCGUCCUGAGAGACCUGAAGCUCCGCAGGUUCGUCUUCACCGACAAAUACAGGACGCGUCUCGCCCUGCUCGGCCUCAACGACUGCGUCCUCCUGCACGGUAACCGUGGCGACGACUCUCUGACGGACAGACACGGCUGCCCCGCCUACGUCAGCCCCGAGCUGCUGACCAAAGGGAACGGGUCUUACUCGGGCCGCGCCGCAGACAUCUGGAGCCUGGGCGUGUCUCUGUACACCAUGCUGAUUGGACGAUACCCGUUUCAGGACACGCAGCCCGCUGCGCUGUUCGCUAAGAUCCGCCGCGGGGCCUUUAGCCUGCCUGAUUGGCUGUCACCGCAAGCCAAGUGUCUGAUUGGCUGCAUGCUUAGGAAGUCGCCCACAGAGAGGCUGGAGGCGUCGGAGCUGCUGAUGCACCCGUGGCUGACCAAUCCCUGCACGCCACAUCACAACAUGCACAAGACGCAUAACAGCUCGCAAAAAAAACUACAGAAUCAACAAGAGGACGAUGACCAGGUGGUGCCAACAUGGACAGAAAAACACUAACAUACAUGUUUGUACUUCUAUACUUGCGAGGACCCGCAUAGAUAUAAUCCUUCCCUUAGCUCCUAACCAGUGGUGGAAGAAGUAUUGAGAUCUUUUACUUAAGGAAAAGUAGCAGUACCAAAGUGCAGAAAUACUCUGUUACAAGUAAAAGUCUUGCAUUCAAAAUCUUAGUUAGUAAAAGUACAAAAGUAUUAGCAUCAAAAUACUUAUAAUACUUAAAGUAAAAGUAUUCAUUAUGCAGAAUGGCCCAUUUCAAAAUCAUAUAGAUUUGAUUAUUGGAUUAUAAUUAUUGCUGCAUUAAUGUGUUCAUCACUUUAAUGUUGCAGCUGGUCAAGGUGAAGCUAAUUUUUGUUACUUUAUAAACUGCUGGGUAGCUUAACCUAUAAUAAUAUAUCAUAAUUUAUUAGUAUUUAUAUGUUGUAUUAAUCUAAAUUUGUAAAGUAAUUAGUAACUAAACCUAUCAAAUGUAAUGGAGUAAAAAGUACAAUAUUGGCUUCCAAAAUGUAGUUGAGUAGAAGUUUAAAGUGGAAAAUGGAAGUACUUCAGUAAACUUUAACCAUCGCAGCUUAUUAACGCCAACCUUUACACUUAACCUAAACCUGAUUCUAACUAACUCUAAAACCAGUUCUGAACCCUCAACCUUUGAAGAGGUGAGGAAACUCAAAUUGGUCCUCGCAGAGAUAGACAUACAAGAGCAUACACACACACACACACACACACUACAGAAACCGUCUGAUCCUGGAUUACUUGACCUGACCCUCAGGUGCCUUCCUCUCGCUGUAACUGUGUCCCAAUUCAAGAUCCAUCUCCUUUAAAAGGGGCGUGGCCUAUGACAGUGACCGCACCUUGAGGCCUGAACCUGCUCCUCGUCUUCCACAAAUCGUUUGCUCGACAGAGGAUUCAGAACCGAGUCACCAGUUCCACCAGUUCCACCAGUACCCGACACAAACCAGAACAGAUGGUGUGUUCAGGUGCUGUUCGUCCAAUCGCAAAGUGGAGAAUUUCCCAGUUCCCCUUGAACACAUCCCAGUAUUAAACUAAGGACUCAUUACUGGCAUCCUGCAGGGGCGAUUUCAUUGAUCCACUUUAACACCUUGGUCAUCUCCGAUUUAAGAAGUUGAUGAAGAAUACCUGUACACACCAUUGUUUUUUUAAAAAGUGGACUUUGAAGGAGGCGGGGCCUAAAAUGGAACGCAGCUUCUUUCUCUCAGUGUUUACACUUCCUGGUUGCUCCCUAGAAUUAUAUAGAGAAGGAUCGGUCAGUGUGGGAAAGUCACCAGCAACAGAAUCAUCUUUCUAAAGAACAGAAAUAACCAGAGAAAUUACACAAAUUCAGUACAAAGUGGCCAACAAUGCCGAGUGGUUUAAAUUCAGCUUCAGUCUGACUUUAAAAUAUCGAAGUGUGUCAUCUUUUUCCGAUGAUCCCAGUUUAAUGGAAGCUGAGAGCCGCCAUGAUCGCUAAAAAUAGUUAUAGGCCUGUUAUCUCAGGAUCAAAACUUCAUUCACCAAUUUCCUCUAAAUUCUGUUUUUGUGGUGCUCAUAAAAACGGUUAUCCUGAAAGAACAAUUUACUCAUUAUUUAUUUUUCGGAUAUUGUGACAUGACAUCUAAUUUUCCCUGGAUAACAAACACGUUCAUCACUGUAAUAAUAUUUACAUGCAAGCAGGCUUAUUCUGGGACACCUCUUCUGCUACGUGACAAAAGUGCCUUUGAUCAUCGAUCAUCUGAAAAUAACAGCACAGUUAAAUUUGCGAUCACGAGAAAACUAUUUCUGAUAUGUCAACGUAACAGUAUAAUUAAGUCUCGGGAUGAAAGGAUUUAAUAUAAGCACCAUGUGUUGAAUCAUAACAAGAAAAUAAUGAAACUGUAAUAACAGGACUAAAAUGAUUCUGGACACUCAAGACUUUUGUUCCCUUUAGCUGAAGCUGACCGAUCACUACUCGACAGACCUGCAGCCAGCUAAUAGGAUGCCUUCUUCUGAAUGUGCCAUUCAGACCUCCAGAGACAGAUGGAGAAUAAAUAAAGAUGUUUCACAAAC